UCAGGAGUAGCUGCUCAUUCUCCCAACGUAUGUGUAACAUGUACGAAAAAACUCUUACUAGAGCAGUUUGGUGGUAAAGAACUCUUGUUUCCUAAUGAGCCUCCUCCGUGGUACAAGCCUCCAGAGGCAGCUGCCCAAGAAAGCCCGUCCUCUGCCAAAGAUCAGGAAAGAGAAUCCAAACGAAAAUCGAGGAAGAGGGGCAACCAGGAGACCAAAAUGGUUAUUCCGAAGGAGGAGAUAGACGAUUACCUAUUAAAACUCUCGGUCGGAUUACCAGAUGGAAAAUUGAUGUUUGAAAUAAAGAAAUACAAAAAAGUCUCAAAGGAAGCUGCACGAAAGCUGUUGGUUGAAAUACGUCGACGUGCAAAGAAAGAACGACUGGAGCGAGAUGGAGACGACAAAGAAAAAAGCGAAGUCCCUCGUGAAAAUCUGCCAUGGGCUCCGAGUAAAAAAGACCUCUUUCCGCGUGGUCUGCUUUCGAAGCUUAGUCAAGAAGAACAGCAAAGAUACCUGGCAACUUGUCAGAGUAUCAUGAAUACUGGCGAAAUCAGAUUUGCCAGUAAUCUGAAGGAGUUGGCGGAUUUUCAAAAGCAAGCGCAAGAGGAGCGCGAAAAUAUCGAAAAUCUCGUAAUUGAUGCUAUUGAAAACAAUCUAGAAGGCGAUACUACAUCUGCAAGUUCGCAUCCGCUACAAUACAAUCACGAAAUGGCUGCCGAUUUCAUCCUGAAACGCUGGGAAAAGAGAUGGCAUGAUGCCAAGUUCAAAACUCAGUUUGCAUCAUCAACUCCUCAGUGUUCGAUUGAUUGGAAUAUUCGUGAUAUUCGAGCUGAUCCGGAGAUUCGACCAAUGCUAACUGCAACGCUGCUGAAAGGACGAGUUGAUAGAAUUCAGGUAAUAGUGUGA